ACGUCUUUCGAGUUUAAUCCCCAAAGAACUCUAGGUCACUAUGAUAAAUAAUAGCGUUAUACAAAUGUCAGUAGAGUAUUUAGAUAUGCAGCUUUAGAAAACAAACAACGCCCGCGUUUGUUACAUGGACAAACAUAUCUGUAUUUUUACCGUGGGCGAGUGAAGAUUUCCACUGUUUUAAUUACAUCUUCAGUCAAGCAUUUGUAUAAAAACAAAGGCAGUUUUUAUAGGCACCUUAUUUUGUUCUGAAGGUCUGAAACAUUAAUUUUUCAGGAUUUUGUAACAUUAACUUGAGUUCGGAAAAGUUUGAAUAUACUGGUAAGAGUAUAUGUCGCUGUGUUGAGAGUAUAUGUCGCUGCGUUGAGAGUAUAUGUCACUGUGUUAUCCAAAAUAUCCAGUCGAUUCUGCUUUCGUUUCUUAAAUCUUGGAAAGCUCUGUAAGUCUAUUAGACCCACCAAAUUAGCAAAGUCAAACACGUUGACCGUUGGCAUCACCAACUUCAUCAGUUGUCGAGGGAAGUCAGUUUGGCUUAUUUGAAAUAAUAUUGUGCAACUAGGACCUCAACAACUACGACUGUAAUGGGAAACCAAGUUGAGUUCACAAUGCUAUCGAAACUUUGUAUAACUCUCAUCUUAUAUGCAGUAGUUUCAACGCUAACAGGACACCUAGCGGAAGCCAGAGAAUCAGCAAAUCGCGACUCCUAUUUCAAUAAAUCCUUGAAUGCUUAUAAUACCAGCAGCAGAGGUCGAGACGGAAAAUUUCUUAGUAUUUUUACACUCGCUGUGUUUGAAAACGAUGCUUGUAAUACAAGCAGCAUCAACCGAACUGGAAUCUGUUUCUCUAGUUCAGAGUGUAUUUCACGAGGAGGUCGUGCUGAGGGUAUAUGCGCGGGAGGAUAUGGUGUGUGCUGCCUGUUCGAAGUAUCCUGCGGCGGAAACAGCUUCAACAAUGGAACAUAUUUUCAGAACCCAAACUAUCCCGGUGGCUACAAUGAAGCUAGAACGUGUCAGGCUUCCAUACGAAAGGUUCAUUUUAAUGUCUGCCAGUUCCGUCUAGACUUCAUUUCCUUCGAUAUUAGUCAGCCCACAAAUGGCGUGUGUAACGAUGAUAGAUUGGUCAUCAGUGGUCAAAGCCAAAAUAGUGUUGUUCCACCUUUAUGUGGGUUUAAUACAGGACAACAUCUCUACAUCGAAGUUUCUGGAACAGAGGGACCUAUUCAACUCAACGUGAUUACUCAAGGAAGCAGAACUCGAAGUUUUGACAUCAGAAUCACACAGAUUGGAUGCGGCAGUCGGGACCGGGCGCCUCCUAAUUGUCUACAAUACUACACAGGCGUCCAGGGUGUUUUUAGAAGUUUCAACCAUAUCUCCGAUAUCGCGAUUAAUGACCAAGGCUAUUUUAAUAACCUGGAUUACACCAUCUGCUUCAGGAAAGAGGUGGGCUUUUGUACAAUGACUUAUUCUCUUCCUGAGUUCAUUCCUCCACCAAACCAACAACAACAAGUUCAAGUGAAUCCUUUCUUCGGUAUCCAAAUGGGGGCUGGAGGAAUAAACCAGCAAUUGACGACUGCUGGAGCAGGGAUGCAAGAAUGUAUGACAGACUACAUCAUUCUGGCCAGCAUCCGACUCUGUGGCGGACGGUUAAAUGAUAAACUGCUAAAUAAUAUCCCUGCAAAUAUGAAUAAAGAUAUAAUUGAUACAACAACCGGUCCAUUCACUGCAAGAUUUGUAACUAAUACCGAGUUUAUAAGUCGUGGAUUUUUGAUUAACUAUCGACAAAACCCUUGUACCAGUGGACGUUAAUACACUUGUAAAUCUUCAUAAAAAAUUUUCCAACCCAAGGAACAUCAAGUUCUAAGUCUGAUCUAAUUAUUAAAUAUGUCUUUGAAAUUGCAUUCAUCGUUAUGAUCUUUCAAAAAUUUUCAGUUAACUAAUGUAGUCAUAAUUAAAACGUUAAAGGCCCGAAGAUGUACAUGUAUGUAAACUUGGUAUAGUAUACUCUACAGUGAAUACAACGAAAUUAUGAAUGAAAAUAAAAUUAUUACAAGAGCA